AUCCGGAAUAUCGUCGUUUUGAAACUGUCAAACCUGCGAGUUAGCUAGGGUUGAAAACGUAACAUUUAUCAUCAAUACCCGUAUUUACAAGAUGUCGGCUGUGAGUUUAGGCAACAGUGCGUGUGGAACAAUGCUUUGAAGUAAUGUCAAUUCAUCACGAAUUUGUUCGUUUACUAUGAGCUCCUUAUCAGCCCAGCUUCCUGCAUCAAGCUCAUCAUGCAGGACACUACCUGGAGAAGGAAAUCAGGUGCAACCCAAAGCCCCGCUGUUGCAGAUCUUGCGUGUUGCUGGAGCCCAGGAAGAAGUCUUCACACUCAAAGAGGUGAUGCACUACUUGGGUCAGUACAUCAUGGGGAAGCAGCUGUAUGACAAACAGAGGCAGCACAUAGUCCACUGCCAAGAUGACCCUUUGGGAGAGCUACUGGAAGUAGAGAGCUUCUCUGUCAAAGACCCGAGACCGGUGUAUGAAAUGCUCCAGAAGUACCUGGUGGUUCUUGGUUGUGCUGACGCUGCAGAGAAUCUUUCUGUGGGCCGUGAAUGUGUUGAGGGCGGAGUGGAGGAUCGUGGUCAGAUUUGUGGAGGUGUGGUCAAAGCAGGGCUGGAGGCUGGCAGUAAUGGGCCUCUCCUGCAGACCCCUUCCCAGAGGCGACCUCGGGAGCCAGACGAUGACUCCCUUGAAGGCCUGCCACGGUCAGCCUGCAAACGGCCCAAGCUGGAUGUCACUCUUGAUGAGUGGGACCUCUCUGGCCUGCCCUGGUGGUUUCUGGGUAAUCUCCGUAGUAACUACAGCCGUAGGAGCAACGGCUCAACUGACAUCCAUACAAACCAACUGUCUCCUGCACAGGAGGAGGACACAGCCAUUGUGUCGGACACCACAGACGACCUCUGGUUCCUGACCGAGGGUGAGAGUGAACAGGUGAGCGUGGAGAUGAAAGAGGCUGCACUGGAGGAAGGGAGCGGAGGCGAGGGAGAGGCUCCACCUGAGAUUGAUGAUGGAGGAGGAAAAGAGGAAAAGGCAGAUCGAGAGAUGCAGGAGGAGCCAGAUGAAGACUCGCAGUGUCUGAGUGAUGACACAGAUACAGAGAUCUCCACACAGGACUCGUGGCAGUGCACAGAGUGCAGGAAAUAUAACACUCCUCUCCAGAGGUACUGUGUCCGCUGCUGGGCUCUACGAAAGAACUGGUACAAAGAUGUCCCCCGACUCGCCCAUUCCCUCUCUGUCCCUGACAUACCUGCAUGCAGCUCUCUCACCACCCAUGACGAGGAAGAUGACAGUGAUACAGGCAUCGAUGUCCCGGACUGCAGCAGGACAGUGUCUGACCCUGUCAUCCUGCCUUCUCACUCCACAGCUGACCGACCUCUAUCCACUAUGGUUAUGGGCAAAGGCAAAGGGCCUCGGCACUCUGGCACUCACAAGGACGACCAGCUCUCAGGAGGGGAGAGCCAGGAAAGUCUAGGAAUGGAGGUUGAAGUUAGGCCUGAGGCACUGUUGGAGCCUUGCAAGCUCUGUCGAGUGCGACCGCGUAAUGGGAAUAUAAUACAUGGACGUACGGCUCACUUACUAACCUGCUUCCCGUGUGCAAGGAGGCUACAUAAAUUCCAGGCUCCUUGUCCGGGAUGUGGAAAGAUAAUUCAAAAAGUUAUUAAGAUAUUUAUCCUCUAAAAAGCAUACACACAUCAGUCAGGCACUCUGACCUACUCAGUAAGAAAACAAAACACAUAUUUUCAAACAUUAGACCUUACAGCUGCAUGCACUCUGGUACACAACCUCUGCCCGUAGACACACAAACACACACAACACGUGCACCUUACCUUACUUCCACAGAUAUACACCAAGUAUAGAACUUGGUUAAGCUUGCUCUUGAUUGCAUGGUUUAUUUUGCAUCACACUGCCUCUGAAGUAUUGUUAAAUAUCUAACCUUGGACAUGAGUUAAUUACACCAGAUGUUUGUUUUAGUGCCACAUAUAAAUAAGGGAUAUUAAAAGAAAAUAUUUAUUUAUUUAUGAGAAUGUCACAUAAGAUAGCAGAGUUUGUGUGGGCCCAUUAUGUAAUUAUCUUUUUUCAGAAGCCUUGUUUUUUCAGGCUGUGAAGAUUUUCUUGUUUCUUUCUACACUGCGUUUGUUGAAUUGUGCCAUCCAGGAACUAGUAUUGCUUGCCCUGGUUCUGUUAGUUUUGUUUGAUUUUCUUUUUCAGUAGGCUCACUUCAAUCCACAACUGGACAUAAAUGGACAAAUCAGCGCAGGUGGCUCUGAGAUUUGAUUUGAGUAAUGAAGACAAGAUUGAAGGAAGAACAAGUCUUAAAACCACGUUUUUGUCAUCAACAGCUGCAUUUCCAUGAAAGUAUCCUCCUAAGCUUUUCUUUUUAAAAACGUGCGCUCUCAGUAUAAGUGAAUGUACUGUAAAAUACAACUGUGGUGGCGUAAGUUGUCUCAACGAAAACAUUUUCAGAAGUAGAGUUAAAUUUAACCUGCUUGAGAAUGCACAGCUUGUGUUGACUGUGUUUUUCUCAGUAGUAUUUUGAUGUUAAUAUGUGUACAAUAUUUACAAAUUGUCACAUGUCUGAUGACAGUUCUGCCUGCAGCGAGUUAUGCCAUGAUUAUUUUAAUGUUUAAUUUAAAGAAGGUCAUUUUACUUCCCUUCCUGAAUUUAUGAUAAAUUAACAUUUCUGUAUAUUUUGUAUUUAAUUUAUUUAAGAUUGUUUUAAUUGUUCAGACGACCGCCUCCAAUGAAGCCUAAAAAAAGCUGCACUUGUUACAUUAAACAGUUCUAAUAUGUAAUUUGCAUCUAAAAUGUUUUCUAAAAGAUAUACAGAAAGUCUUUAAGGAAACAGUUACCAAAUGUACCCUCAGUGAAAAACACUGCAUAGUACUUAAUGGGUGAUGGGGGUUUGAUUUAAGCGUUACACUGCCAUGUAAUGAUUAUGAACUUUAAUUUGUAUAUUGUAGAUUUUAUUUAGAUUGUUCUUGCAUUAUUUGAUGAUUGUAUUGCUGGACCACAGUGCUAAUACUUAUUUUGAGUGAGUGUGUGAGCUGUCUAUAAAUACAGUAUGCUAUACAGAGCUAAGACAUAAGAUGUUCAGUGACGGAAGGCAUUUAAUUCUUGGCUCUGUUUUACUUAGAGGAAGCUUCAAAGAUUUUCAGUCUGCUCUUUACUUGUACUUAACCUUUCUGCCAGCAGGUGGGGAGAAGUCUCAAUAUUGUAUCUGCCCACAGAGGCUGUAUAGUACCAGUGAUAGCCUAAUACAUACAGUAUAUAGAGCAUGCCUACUCGUGACUAGAACCAGCACUGAGCUGGUGUGAGAGCUAUAUUAGCUAUAUAUAUCUAUAUUUAUAUCUAUAUAUAUAUAUAAAAUGCUACAAAAGAUUAAUGUAGCCUGUUGUAUGUAUCACCAUCAUUGUGCACCUAGAGAAACAAACUUCCUCUAUAAACAGACCUCAUAACACAGUGGCGUAUGAAUCCUGUUAUACCAGUGUUACUGGCUCAGAGUUAAUUAUUGACAUUAAAACUACAAUGUGAUCAAACAUGGUACAGUGAAUAUAGUUGUUUUUUUCUACAUGUCGUGGAAUAAAAGUUGUUUUGUAAAGCACUAAAGAGUUGGAUGUUAAUUGUU